GUUUGCCGGAAAGAAAGAUGCGAUACGGACGUAAACAAAAACAUUGAUUAGCCCCGCCCCUUGAACCUAAAUUGACCCACGCUUUACCAAAUGUGUCCAAUGGAAUGAAUGAAAAUAUUCCCGCACAAUAGGUAGCGCGGGAAACACCCAGGCGUGAAGAAAGGAGGGUUGUUAUCGUCUGGAAAUAUCGGGACAUCACUGAUCAUCAGGAUCAAAAUACUGAGAUAUAUGGGGUAGGAUUGUUCCACUAAUCAUGGAGAAUUUCCAGAAGAUAGAAAAGAUCGGCGAAGGAACUUAUGGAGUCGUCUAUAAAGCCAGAGACAAGAUCACCGGCCACUUAGUUGCACUCAAGAAAAUACGCCUUGAUUCUGAGUCUGAAGGUGUACCAAGCACAGCCAUAAGAGAAAUAUCCCUUCUGAAAGAAUUAGAACAUCCUAAUGUUGUCAGAUUACUGGAUGUGAUUCACAGUGAAAUGAAAUUGUAUUUGGUGUUUGAAUAUUUAAAUCAAGAUUUGAAGAAAUAUAUGGAUAUGGCACCACCUUCUGGUCUAGCAUCACAGCUUGUGAAGAGUUAUAUGUUUCAACUGUUACAAGGUAUUGCUUUCUGUCAUGCCCACAGAGUUUUACACCGAGACUUGAAACCACAAAAUUUGUUAAUCGAUAUGCAAGGCAAUAUAAAACUGGCAGAUUUUGGUUUAGCAAGGGCAUUUGGUGUUCCUGUAAGGACAUAUACUCAUGAGGUUGUGACAUUAUGGUACAGAGCUCCAGAAAUUCUUCUUGGUAGUCGAUUUUAUUCAACACCUGUAGAUGUAUGGAGCUUGGGAUGUAUCUUUGCCGAAAUGAUUACAAGAAGACCACUUUUCCCUGGAGAUUCAGAAAUUGACCAACUUUUCCGAAUUUUUCGAACUUUGGGUACACCAGAUGAAACAACAUGGCCUGGCAUAUCACAGUUACCUGAUUUUAAAACAACAUUUCCAAGAUGGCCGUCACAACCAAUAGCUAAUGUAGUCACUGUCUUAGCUGAAGAAGGCAAAGAUUUAAUAACAAAAAUGUUAUAUUACGAACCAAGCCGAAGAGUAUCUGCAAAAGCUGCCUUAUUACAUCCUUAUUUUAGUGAUGUCAACAUUCACCGACCUAAUAUGUCUAUGUGAGAACUGGAAUAUAUGUAGUGAAGUCACAUAUUUACUGAUUAUAUGUUAUAUAACAUGAUUUAAUCUAGUAAUAUUACUAAUAUUACAUUUAGCGAGCUUAUAUUUAGAAAGACAAUAGUAUGCUAUAUAUUGCAUUGUUAUUUAAUCAGUAAAUUUUAUGUUCAUGCCAAUUUUUGAAUUAGUGCACUUUUUUGUAUAUAUGCUUUGGUUUAACCUGAUUAUGAUUUCUUCGGAAUUUUGGAUUGACAGAACUACAAUGAGUGACACGAGUCGUGUUUUGUCAUUCCUAAUAAUUGGUAUGGUGGAAGUACAAUAGUGACUAAUUGACUACAGUAAUCAAAACCAAAGCAGACGGAUUGUUUCAACUGUUGUGAUUGGUGGAGAUAUUGACUUAUUUUUAAUGGUCACAUGGUUUGUUGCUCGUUAUAGUUUUAUCCAUGUUACUUCUCUUUCUUGGAUCCUAAAUCAAUCAAGUUGCUUAUUGGUUUGUUGUUAGGUAACUGAAAGUUGUAGCUACAUGUAUGUCAACUUUGUAUUUGAGGCAUAUGGUUAUAAAUUUGAGUGCAGUUGUAACAAAAACAGUUCUUAUUGCCAUCGGUCCAUCCGUCUGUUGUCCACAAUUUCUUGUGAAUGUUCUUAACGCCAAAAGUUAUCACCCGAUUGUUUUAAAAUUUAUAUAUGUUGUUUACAUUAGUGCAUUGAAGAAGCUUAUUUAAUUACUUCUAGAGUUAUGUUCCUUGUUUCACUUUGUUAAACCUUGUGAAGCUUCUAACACCAAAAGUUAUCAUCCAAACUUUUUAAAAUUUUAUACGCAUUAUUUAAAUUAGUGAAACAAAGAAGUCUAUUUAAUUUCAGCAAUUUCGGUCAAUUACUUCUAGAUUUAUGGUUCUUGUUUUACUUUGUAAAUGUUCGAAUGCCAAAAGUUAUCAUCCUAUCUGUAUGAAAUUCAUAUGCAUUAUUUAAAUUAGUAAGACGAAAAAGCCUGUCAAAUUUCAACAAUUUCUGUAAAUUACUUCCAGAGUUAAAGCCCUUGUUGCAGUUUGUAGAACCUUGUGAACCCUCAAACGAUAGAAAUUAUAAUCUUAUCCGUAUAAAAUUGUAUUGUAAAUGCCCCGAAUUACCUACAAAAGAAUAAAUAUGCGACCCUUGUUGACCGCUCGGACAAUUUAGCUGCUGUGGGCAUAUGUUUCGUUGCCAGGGAACCUAUCAUUUUUUUCUCUGGCUCAAAAUAAACUCAAGACAUUUCCCAAAAUGAGAUUAAUCUCCUAGUCAGUGUUAGUUUUUUUUAUGUAACACAGUAUCAGAAUUUACUCUACACAACUUAUUAAUGUUUGCAUUAUGAGUAAUUGGAUCAUUAUAAGCCCUGUAAUUAUUAAAAAAUAGUCAACAGUUUAUGAGGAGGCCAACUUCUUCAUGAAAGAACCAUUAGUAAUAUGUGUAUCCUUUAUUUCAUGGUUUGGUUGCAGGGGUAAGUGAAAAUUUAGAUUCUGUUUUAUUUAUGCUUGCUAGAGUAAAAUAUUUAUAUAAACUCAGCACUAGGUUUUGAAAGGGUAGAUCCCCUGCUUAAAUCAUAAAGAGACUAUUGUUUAAAAAUAUAAUUGAAUGGCAUGAAGUGAAAUGAAUGAUGCCCAUUAGUAGCUGUAUAUAUUUUAGAUAUAUACAUAUAUUUUGUUAUUAUGAUACUUAUUUAGUGCUAGAUGAUAGAAUGGUGUCAGUAGUCGUAGAAAUCCAAUGUCUGCUGGCGAUAUUAGAUUAAACUGUUCUAAAUCCCUGGAGGAAUCUAAUAUAGAGCAUUCCUGAUAUUGAUGCCAUUAUGAUUUUAAUGAAAAUAUACAUGUAUUUUGAACUUAUUAGUGUAUAAUGUGUAUAAUUUUUAAUGCCCUGUCAGAUAUUCCUUGUUGUAAAUUUAUUGCGUACUUGUUUAUGAUGUCGGAUCAAAAAUCUACUAACAGUCAGUUUGGCAGGGGCAAAUACAAGAAAUGGCUAUUAUAGACUUAAUACAUUCAUCAACAUGUCUAAAACAUACCUGUUUUGAAUGUGUUCCCUCGGGAUAAUAGGUAUUAGGUUGGUAUAUAUAUAUAAUGCCCCCACCCCCCAAUAGAAAAAAAGAAUUGUAGACUUAAAUAAACCAUCAAUGAUAUAAACAAGUUAAUUAUUACUAAGUGUGCAUUGUUAACUUAAUUUUACCUGGUAUCACACUGUACAGUACAUGUACCUACUUUGUUCAUGAUCAAUCUUCAGUAAGUGAAAAGGUCUCAAUAGAGAAUAGUUUUAGGGAUAAACUUUUCAAAUUGUCCUUUGGCAUGUCAUUAUAUUAAAUGUUUUAUGAUUUAAGAAAAAACCCUGGUUAUAGUUAAUGAACUGUUAUUUUAACAUAGUAGAAAACCAAGGAAAGGUUUUCUGAUAUUUGCCUGUUAUAUUUUUAUGCUAGCUUUUUAAUUUGUUAGCCUUACGAUUCAUCAUUAUUAUGUUUAUAAAAUAGGUCACUUAAAUUAUGUAACCUACUGUGAUUAUUAAUAAAAUAUCUUCCAGUUA